AUAGCAUUUCUGAAAAAAAGAAGCUCGGAUAUAAAUAUUAAAAAAAAUACUUCUUAUGAAUAAACUGAUACUAUGAAAACAGAAGUGGGUAAUUGAACAGUAACUGAACAGUACAGUUUUAAAGGCCUUAAAUGGAAUAGUACUUUAAAUGACUGAAAGGACACUUCAAGUCACCCUGUGAAGACAGUGAAGGAAAGCAAGUAAGGGUUGACAUUUAAGUGUUGCCUUUGGGACAACCAUGGAAACCCAGGCAAAGUAUGACUUCAAUGCGAAUGGUGAAGACGAGCUAAGCUUCCGAAAAGGAGACAUUCUGAAGAUUUUAAGUAAAGAGGAUCAGUGGUACAAGGCAGAGCUUCAUGGCAGUGAGGGCUUUAUCCCCCAAAACUAUGUGGCUUUAAAGACACCAAGCUGGUUUCAUGAAAACAUCUCCCGGCGUGAAGCAGAAGAUGUGUUGAUGGGUAAACUAGUUGGCUGCUUUCUCGUAAGAGGCAGUCAGAGUUCACCUGGUGAUUUUUCUGUAUCUGUCAGGCAUGAGGAGGAUGUUCAACAUUUCAAAGUGAUGACAGAUGGUAAGGGACACUACUUCCUAUGGACAGAGAAGUUCACAUCACUCAACAAGCUUGUGGAGUACUACAAAACCAAUUCAAUUGCCAAACAGAAGUCAAUGUUCCUCUUAGAUGACUCACAGCCCGAAGCUGUAAAUGCACAUGGCUAUCAGGACAAAAAAGGGAGUCUGGAAAGACAGCCACCUGAGCUGCCCCGUUCAGGUCGGCAAUUCAAAGAAACCAAUAAUUUUCCCUCCUAUAGAAGACCCAUGGAGUCUGCUCCACAGCAGGAAAAAAGAGGAAGCUUGGAACGACCACCAGCUGAGUUGCCUCGUCAAGGAAAUUCAAAUACUCCUCCCUUCAGAAAACCAACAGAUCUUCACCAUCAGAAAGUCCAGAAGGUGAGGGCCUUGUAUGACUUCAAACCUGAGGAGGAUGAUGAGUUGGGCUUUACAUGUGACGACAUUAUCGAGGUAUUAGAUAGCAGUGACCAACUGUGGUGGAAAGGAAGAUUCCGUGGGCAAGUUGGACUUUUCCCUGCCAAUUAUGUUACACCAAUCAAUCGGUGAAUUGACUGAUAUUGAAAAAAAAGACUUUUAAAGUUACUUUGAGCCUGACACAAUACCAUCUUUAAAAAGAGCUGCACACUGUUAUCUACAUGAAGUAUCUGACAGUGUAGCUGCCUUUACCAAAGAACUCAGUGCCCACGGCUGCAGUUUGGUAAAAAUGUAACUAGAUGGAAAAUAUCUGCACAACUGUUGAUGCAUUUUAGAUCUAUUAAAAAAUUAACAAAUCUAA